UCCGCAAUUGCCCGGGGAGACGCAAGCCUAUCAUUUUGCCCAUAUUCGGCCUCAAUUAAAACGUGGGAGUUUUAUCAGAACCAAGAUAAUGGGGUCUGACUGUUAUGAUGAAGCACUUAUACAUAUACUGCAGUCAGAAGGAAAAAUAAUUCCAUUUCUGGAUGUCAUCUUUGGAUUCCUACAUAGAUGUACCGACUUCUACCACGAGCACGACCGUCCAUCGGCGGUGGGGUUCCCGACGGGCGUCGCCGAACAGCUGGUGGUCACCACCUUCCGCAAGUGGCAGACCAUCCACCGGAGAUCGGCCGGUCCUGUGCCGCCCGCCGUGGCCGAGGAGGAGGUGGUGACCUCAUCACCACGCGACCCGCCCGUCCGGAAGACCGAGUCUGGACCUCCAGCCACCGCCGCCGCCGCCGCCCCGGCCACCGCGGUGACAACACGAGCGUCUGAACAGGUGGCAGCGCGGCCGACCCGGACGCCCGACAGCGCGUCCGACUGUCACAACGGUGCCGUGAGGGACGGCUACUCGUGGUCACAGACGAUCGGCGACGUGACGGUGCGCGUGCCCGUGCCGCCGGCCACCCGCCGCGCCCGCCAGGUGUCUGUGGACCUGGCCGCUGACCGGGUGGCGGUGCGGCUGGCGGAGGGGGACGUGCUGCUGGACGGCCGGCUACACCGCCCCAUCCAGGCGCCGGAGUCCACCUGGAGCCUGCUGCCCGGCGACAGUGUCCAGCUGAGUCUGGAGAAGACGCGGGAGUGCUGGUGGGCCGCCCUGCUGGAGACGGAGCCGCACAUUGACCUCAGACAGAUCGAGGCGGUGAAGCCGUGGGAGGACCUCAGCGAGGAGGAGCAGAUGAAGAUCGACGAGCUGCGGGCGCGCGAGGCGGCCAAGAGGGACGCCGCCGGCGGCCAGGCCGCCGUCACCGCCGGCGGCAAGGACGUGUCGGCGCUGCUGCGCGAGGCCUGGCACGCCGAGGGCUCGCCGUUCCAGGGCCGGCCGUACGACCCGGACUCUGUGCAGGUCCUGCCGGGCGGCCAGACCGGCACCUAGGCCGGCCGCCACCGUCAGCCGCCGUCAGCCGCCAAUACCGCCGAACGGGAACGGCCGGCCGGGAUCGGGCACGUCACGCGAGGUGGUGUUGAAGGUCGCGAUGGUGUUCGGUGUAAUCUACCUUGUCCAAAAUCGAAGUCGUGCGUGUCAAUAGGAUCGGCUGUGUUCAUCCUCAUCGUUUUCCGGCGCAUUCGAAGCGGGUGGGCUGUGGAGUGUUCGUGCUGUUGCCAUUUCUUGGAUUGGAUACAACACACGCGUCGCCGGCAUUGCUCCCUUGUCGCAGGUUGAAUAUAUACUGUGGAGAAGCGUGUAACCAUUAGGAAGCAUCCAGGUCAUUUAACGAAAGGACCGCUAACCGAACAUGCAGAAAACCACAAGUCGUAAACUCCGAAUGCGCACCGUUGACUCCGCAUUUACCUGUUGUGAUUUGCGAAAUACGCUGAGUUUGAGGCGCUUGUGAUACAACGUAAUCCCGUUGAAAUGUGAAACCAUCUGUUGAUAAAAAGUGUUUUGCUGAACAGCGCCCGUGCGGGAGCAGUUGCGCAGAGCAUCUCCCGAUGUCAAAUGUACGCCAGUGCAAUCUGCCGUGACGCUAUGAGGGGACGAUAUCGAAGUGCCGAGCCCGGUUGAUGCUGCCAUAGAUCCAGCUCGACACGCGCACAAACCCCGUAACCACAUCGGCCUCUAAACUGCGGUCUUCCCGUGGAAGCGACGCAUUAGCAUAGCAGUAAGUCGGAAAACAAACCUGGGGAAGUACUUCCGCGUUAUGACCACCGUUCGGCUGAUGUAAGCCGGUUUUGGUGUAACAAAACUCCAAUGCGUCGCGUAAAACAUGAACUAAAAC